GUAGCCCCCUCCCGGUUUCAGCAGCGUAGAGCAACUAGCUCUCCAAGUCUAAUUCAAAUAAAAACAGUUCCAACUAUAUACAGCUACAUAUAUCACAAUAUUUCACUCAUGAGGCAUGGCGGCUAAUUUCGGAAAGAUCCUGAUCGGCAUUUAUGUUGAGAUAAAACGAAGCGAUGGACGGAUACACCAGGCCAUGGUCACAUCUGUCAAUGAGGAAAACGAGAGCGUCACCGUGGAGUGGAUUGAGAAUGGAGACACUAAAGGGAAAGAGAUUGACUUGGAGAGCGUGUUCGCUCUGAACCCGGAUCUGGCCCCCGACGAGGAGAUCGCCGUGAGCCCCGAGACCCCUCCCCCGCCAGCACAGAGCGCCGUGAAAGUCCUCAAGAUCCCCAAGAACCGACGAACCAUAGCCCCCCCUAAGAAUGAAACCCCAGCCAGAGACAACAGAGCGGGGUCGGCUCGGGUGCGCCCUGGGCAGCAGCAGCAGCAGACGGAGCCGAGCGCACCCGCCCCGGCGCAGAUGCAGCAGCCGGCGCAGACGCAGGCGCAGACGCAGGCACAGCAGCAGAAUGGUAGUAUCACAGACACGUCGUCGCCACAGCCAGCCAAAAAGGUGUCCCGACUCUCCUCGCGGAGAAAAUCCAACUGCGUGAAGGAGGUGGAGAAGCUUCAGGAGAAGAGAGAGAGGAGGCGACUCCAGCAGCAGGAGCUGAGGGAGAAGAGAGCACAGGAGGUCGAUACCACUAUUCCUAAUUAUGAGAUCAUGUACAUGAUCAGGGAUUUCCGUGCAAGCCUGGACUACCGGCCCCUCACCACUACUGAUCUGAUUGAAGAGCACAGGAUAUGUGUGUGCGUGAGGAAACGACCGCUGAACAAAAAAGAGCUGUCGGUGAAGGAGCUGGACGUCAUCACCAUCCCCAGUAAGGAUGUGGUCAUGGUCCACGAGCCCAAGCAGAAGGUGGAUCUGACACGCUACCUGGAGAACCAGACCUUCCGCUUUGACUACGCCUUCGACGACAGCACCACCAAUGAGAUGGUUUACAGGUUCACCGCCAGGCCGCUGGUGGAGACCAUCUUUGAGAGGGGAAUGGCCACCUGCUUUGCUUAUGGACAGACAGGAAGUGGGAAAACGCACACAAUGGGGGGAGACUUUUCGGGGAAGAACCAGGACUGCUCCAAAGGGAUCUACGCACUGGCUGCUCGGGAUGUCUUUCUCAUGCUGAAGAAGCCGAACUAUAAGAAGCUGGACCUGCAGGUGUACGCCACCUUCUUUGAAAUCUACAGCGGGAAGGUGUUUGACCUGCUGAACCGUAAAGCCAAGCUCCGGGUUCUGGAGGACGGGAAGCAGCAGGUGCAGGUGGUUGGGCUUCAGGAGAGAGAGGUCAAAUGCACUGAGGACGUCCUCAAGCUCAUCGAAGUUGGGAAUAGCUGCAGGACGUCCGGUCAGACCUCGGCCAACGCCCACUCGUCCCGUAGCCACGCCGUCUUCCAGAUCAUUCUCCGGCGGAAGGGCAAGAUGCACGGCAAGUUCUCGCUCAUCGACCUGGCGGGAAAUGAGCGCGGCGCCGACACGUCCAGCGCCGACCGCCAGACACGCCUCGAGGGAGCUGAGAUUAACAAGAGCCUGCUGGCACUCAAGGAGUGCAUUCGGGCCUUGGGUCGCAACAAACCGCACACCCCCUUCAGAGCCAGCAAGCUCACACAAGUCCUGAGGGACUCCUUCAUCGGGGAGAACUCCAGGACUUGCAUGAUCGCCACCAUUUCUCCUGGCAUGACGUCGUGCGAGAACACGUUAAACACGCUGCGAUACGCCAACAGAGUAAAGGAGUUUGGGAUAAGUCCGUCGGACAUCCCCUUCUCUCAGGCCGCGGGCAGCCGCUCUGACCUCUCCCCCACCUAUGAAGUGAAGGAGCUGACUGUUGACCCCAACACGGCCGUCGAGGGGCGCCCCAACAUCCACGCGGUCAACCAGCUGGACAUCCUGGAGGCGCAGUGGGGGGUGGGCAGCUCCCCCCAAAGGGACGACCUCAAGCUGCUCUGUGAACAGAACGAAGAGGAAGUGUCCCCGCAGCUCUUCACCUUCCACGAGGCGGUGUCCCAGCUGGUGGAGAUGGAGGAGCAGGUUCUGGAGGACCACAGAGCCGUCUUCCAGGAGUCCAUCCGAUGGCUGGAGGAUGAGAAGGCUCUGAUGGAGAUGACUGAGGAGGUAGAUUACGAUGUGGACUCAUACGCCACUCAGCUGGAGCAGAUCCUGGACCAGAAGAUCGACAUCCUAACGGAGCUCCGAGACAAAGUAAAAGCGUUCCGCUCAACCCUUCAAGAAGAGGAGCAGGCCAGUCAGCAGAUAAACCCGAAGCGGCCCCGCCCCCUUUGAGUCCUGCCCCGCCCACCCACAGGACUGCCCAUGUCUGAUGAAGGAUUCAUGAAGGACCGUGUCCAUUAAACACUCAAUACCGUCUAUUGUGUCAGAACUGGCUGUGAAAAUCGAGCUGCGCAAAAACAGACCUGCCAUCGCAGACGCCCCCCCCCACCGUGCCAGGGUCACUCCAGUGCGCUCCUCAUUCUGCACGUGGGGCUCGUCCAAGGCGGUGACUGAUACCCCGCACCCUGCCGUCCACUGAAACUAAAGAAGGGGCGGGGGAUUUGUGGAUGGAUCUUAGACGCGCCCCACCUUUUUUAAAAUUCCUGACCUGUCGUUGAGAAGGAAGAACGAUUUUGUCGCUCUGAACAUUUUAUUUAUCAAUUUGUUUUUGCUCUCAUCCACUCCGAGACGUCUGUACAGCGAAUGACUGUGGGCGCUCUGCUUCCAUGUUAACGUCCCUGUCGACUGUGGUUUGGGCAGUGCUCAGAUGUAUGCAUGCAUGCACAGGCCUGCUGUGCUGUGUAUCCCGCCGCUCCGUACCACGGCACAUCUGCCCCGAUGCUGCUAGCAUUGUUUAAUACACACCGUUCCUUAGGGCCAGUCAGUCUUUCUGUUUUUCUCUGUCUACACACACACACGCGCGCGCACACACACACGCUCCCGCUGAGCUGCACAUGAACUGAAACAGUCUUAAAAAAAAAAAAAAAAAGGUACGAAACUUGUCCUGCAUACAGACUUGGCUCCUCACAUCUGCUCGCGUUUCCACCGCCUCUCUGUCCGUAGUCUGCUUCAGUUCGGUGCCAUAUCGUGUUUAAGCAGCACUCCUGAGUUUCUGUGCUACAUCGAUGCAUUCCCUUUUACUUUUAAUACUGUAAAAAAAAGAACUUUUUCACCCCAUUUAACACUUUAUUAUGUAAAAAAAGCAAAAAACAACAGCAAAAAAACAACGGUAUUAACAAAUGUAUAGUAACAUAGUAUUGACUUCCUGUUUGCUGAUGUCUCUUUUGGCGUGUGCACCAGAUGUAUUGCUGACUGAAAGAAUAAAGUA